UACAUGAGAAGGUGCAGGAGUUUUAAAUACUCAUAUAAACUUGAGAUUAUUACACUUCCUCGAAUCAUCUACUACUACUAUAACUAUAGUUUUAUUUAUGAUAUAGUCAUAUAGUAGUAAGUCUUAAAUUACGAAUAUGUCAUGAUGACGGCUGACAAGAGCGGCGAUCGACACUCCGCAGUCUCCAAUAAGACCAAAAAGGCAAAGAGAAAAAACACUGCGCCGCGCUGCCCUUCCAUGGUCGAGUGAGUGAUUUAUUAUCUCUCCAAAAGUAGACCAACAAAUUAAUUUAAAGUGAUUAAGAUGAAGGAGAGCAGCAGCAGAAAGCAAGGCGCGCCGGCGCCAUGUGCGGCCUGCAAGCUCCUCCGCCGCAGAUGCGCUGAGGAUUGCGUGUUCGCGCCUUAUUUUCCGGCGGACGAGCCCCACAAGUUCGCCAGCGUGCAUAAGGUCUUUGGUGCUAGCAAUGUCAAUAAGAUGCUUCAGGAGUUGCCUGAGCACCAGAGAGGCGACGCGGUGAGCUCAAUGGUGUACGAAGCGAACGCGAGAGUUAGGGAUCCAGUUUAUGGGUGCGUGGGUGCGAUAUCGUCUCUGCAACAACAGAUAGAUGCUCUACAAACGCAACUUGCGCUUGCGCAGGCGGAGGUGGUCCACAUGCGCAUGCGUCAGUACUCAUCCUCGCCCGACUGCGCGUCUCCAUCCACGAGCGGAAGAAGGUCUCACAAUCACCACCCCAAGUCCUCUUACAACAUGGAUGAUUCCUUCUGGAAUUAGGUUUCCAUCUUAUAUUAUUAUUAUUAUUAUUAUUAUAUUUAUUAUUAUCCAUGGCCUUUCUCUUUUAUGUUUGCUUGUCAUGAUUUUUUUUUUAAAAAAAUUCUCUCUUUUUUGAGUGUUUUUAAAUUAUUAAAUAUAUAUAUAUAUAUAUAUAUAUAUAUCUUGCCUGACCGGCCAGGUUGAUGAUGGUCAGAGUCGGAGUUGGAUUUGGAGAGGAUUACAAUAUUGUAAAUGUGAAAAGAAAAAAAAGCAUA